AUGGGGACACUGGCCCUCUGUAGCCACUACUCACAGCUAUCAUGGAAAUGCAGCGUCAUAGUGGCAUUGCUACUGUUUCACCUGUGCUGCCUGCAAGGUACUUUCUAUGAUCCACAGCUUUAGUCUUCAAACUACACAACAAUGUCAAGCAACUGUGAUAUUUCUGUUACAUGCUCAAUGGAAAUACAUAUUUUUGCUCCUACCAUUGUUAAGUUGUGAUAUAUGAACUGGAGCUUCCACCUCUCUCCCGCCUCCCUCAGUAUGGGCAUCCUGUCGCAUCCUGAGGUGCAACUCUGACUUUGUAGCUGUCACCCUGGACCGUGGGGGCAGCGGUGGGGGCGGAGGGGGAGGCAGCAGAGAGGGGGGCAACGCGGGCUACUGCAGCGCCCUCCGCUCCUACGCCAUGUGUACCCGCCGCAUGGCCCGCGCCUGCCGGGGUGACCUGGCCUACCACUCGGCCGUGCAGGGCAUCGAGGACCUCCUCAUCCAGCACAGCUGCCCCAGGACAGGCCCCACUGCUCAGCCCCGGCCCCUGCCACAGGCCCCCAUCUCUGGGUACGCCUGCAUCUAUGAGAAGGGCUACCUCCAGCGUGAAGGCCGGACCCCUGACUAUCUCCACUGUGGGGUGUUCGGGGACCCCCAUGUUCGCACCUUUCGUGAUGAGUUCCAGACGUGCGCUGUACAAGGGGCCUGGCCACUGAUCGAUAAUGAGUAUCUAUACGUUCAGGCAACUAGCGCCCCCAUGAGAGGAGGGGCGUAUGCCACGGCUCUCACCAAAGUAGGCCUCAUUUCUAAAAUUAUAUACAGUCAAUUAUAUUUUAGAAAAUAUAUUUUAGAAAAUUAUACAAUUUACGAUCCGCUCUUAAAGGCCCAGCGCAGUGUUUUAUAUAUAUUUCCACACUGAGGUUUGAAUAAUACUGUGAAAUUGUGGAAAUUAUGAUAAUGCCCUUUUAGAGCUGUUUGAAAAGGCCACCUGAAAUUUCAGCCUGUUUUAGUGGGAUGGAGCCUGGUGACAUCACCAGACGGCAAAUUAGUUAAUACAGCAAUAAGAAAGAGAGUUCCAAACCUCUCUGCCAAUAACAGCUAGUUUUCUGUUUUUCCCUCCCGACUCAGACCACUCACAGACAGUCCAAGCAAAGUUCUUGCUUGAGAAAUUGCUUUUUGCCAAGAAACUAUAAUUGUUGGGGGGACCAUUUGGUUUGAAUACAAUCACAGUAAGAUACUUAAUUAUUACCCAGAAACUAUUUAAUAUUGAGAUAAAAACGGCUGCAUUGGACCUUUAAAAUGUAACUAUGUACAAUGCAUGACAUGUCUGUAUACAUAAAUAAAGUUGCAUACGUACGUCAAGCUCAUUGGAAGGAUGUGUGUAACAACAGGGUUGUCUCUCCACCAGAUUACCAUCAUCUUUAAGAACUGGCGCCAGUGUAUCGAGCAGCAGAUCUACCAGGCGGAGCUGGACAACGUUCCCGCAGCCUUCGUGGACGGCUCAGUGACCAGCGGGGAGAGGCAGGGCCAGCACAGCCUGAGUGUCCACUCUGAUCUGCCUGGGCGCCAGGCUGAGAUCCGUGCCGCCCACAUCGGCACCACCCUGGUGGUACGUCAAAGCGGGCGUUCCCUGGGCUUGUCAGUACGCUCGCCACGCGCCAUUGCUGAAGCGUUCACCCCCGAGCAGGACCUGCAGCUGUGUGUGUAUGGCUGCCCACCUUCACAACGCCUGGAGACGCUACCCAGCCCCUCUUCCUCCUCCCUCUCCUCCUCCUCUUCCUCCAGCCAGCCAUCUGCUGCAGCCCAUGCCCACUGUGCAGCCCUCCUCCCAGCCAGGGACAUCUACUACCAGGCCUGCCUGUUUGACCUGCUGGCCACAGGGGACCUCAACUCCAGCACGGCGGCCGUGGCGGCCCUGGAGGACGCCCGGGGAAUGAUCUCAGACCCCAAUAAGGUGCACCUGCUACUGGUGGGCAAGGCCGAUAGGAGUAGCCCGUGUCUGCCUCUGAUCCUGGCUGUGGCCGUCCUAUCGGAGCGUCUGGUGGCUCUGUGGACGGGGCAGUGUUUAUGAACUAGUGACUGGUAGGAGCUGUGAGCAUUAGCCACACUGAUUCUGACCGAGCAGAUAUUCUUUCUUCAUACUUGAUUGGCUUGUUUCACAAACAACAAGCAUCACCUUUGACUGGUUGGAACCCUGUGGCAUUGUGACUGGUUCCUCAUUCAUUUUCUUCCAGCAGGAGAAGCCAAUGUUGAUGGGAAUAAAUAUAGGUGAAUGCUUUCAGUGAGGAUAGAAGUGAACUCUUGAAGCCUGACACUAGUUGUGUUGAUUCUAAUCCCUUUACUAUGCUGAACCAAAUGUAUUAAAACAGGAUGUAUUUUCCCUCUCAGCACAGAGGAUGGCAUUCUGCGGCCUGUUGCAUAAUUCCACAAAUCCAGACAGUAAAUGUAUCACUUUCUGUUAUUUUCUGUUUAUUUUAUCAUGGAGGGAAUUUAGUGGUUUAUAUAUAGUAAAUAUAAUACUGCAGUGGUAUCAUCCUCCGUAAAGAAACUAAUUUAUCACUAAUUUAUUACAUCAUCUUUGUGUGUCUACAUUUCGUAUGCAGUGAGUUGUAAUAAUGUCUCGAUUAAUUUAAAAAGGGACUGUUUUUGAAUGUACGUUUGGUUCAUAUGUCAGUAUUUGUAAGACAAUGUUUACAAUGUAUUGUUCAUCCUGUUCAUAUUUUUACGUAGUUGCCAAAGUUAAAAAUAUAGCUUCUCAAAGUUACUCACACCAUCUUUCGAAAACAAUAGAGGUCAUGCAAGGAGUAAAUGAAAAUAAUAUAUUGUUUUCCAAAUGAUGGAAAAUAUCUCAUGUUGCCUUCCAUGUAAUACUGUGAUCUCUGACAAGGAUAAAACAUAUUUAUACUGACAGAUUCUAAUAUAUUUCCCUUUGUGAGUUUUAUUAAAUUUGAUUGUUUUCUCUCCAGACCCGAAAAUGGUCUGUAUAAUGUCCUGAGUGUGUAUUUUUAAUGAGCAACCCUGACUGGGGUUUUGUGAACCUUGAAAUGUCCAAUACAACAGCAGUAUUCCUCUGGAGGGGCUACUGAGGCAGCAUUUGGGUGAGUUGAGUUCUCCUUCACUGUGACUGGCAGCUCUCUUCUGCUCUCUGAUGUCAGAUGCCUUCUCUGGUUUACAUUUUUACAUUUUAGUCAUUUAGCAGACGCUCUUAUCCAGAGCGACUUACAGUUAGUGAGUGCA